CCGGCCCCGGCCCCGGCCCCGGGGAUGCCGCGGGGGCGGCGCGGCUGAGCCCCCAGCCCCGCUGCGCCGCCGGCCCCGCCCGCCGCCGCCAUGGCCGGUAAGCCCCGCAGCGGCUGCGAGGCGCUCCGGGUGGUGGCCCGGUGCCGGCCCAUGAGCCGGCGGGAGGAGGCGGCGGGAUACGAGCGCGUCCUGGAGCUGGACGUGAAGCUGGGCCAGGUGAGCAUCCGCAACCCCCGCGCCGCGCCCGGGGAGCUGCCCAAGACGUUCACCUUCGACGCCGUGUACGACGCCAGCUCCAAGCAGGCCGACCUGUACGAUGAGACGGUGCGGCCGCUCAUCGACUCGGUGCUGCAGGGCUUCAACGGCACCGUCUUCGCCUACGGGCAGACCGGCACCGGCAAGACCUACACCAUGCAGGGCGCCUGGGCGGAGCCGGAGAAGCGCGGCAUCAUCCCCAGCGCCUUCGAGCACAUCUUCACCCACAUCUCCCGCUCGCAGAACCAGCAGUACCUGGUGAGGGCCUCGUACCUGGAGAUCUACCAGGAGGAGAUCAGGGACCUCCUCGCCAAGGACCAGAGCAAGAAGCUGGAGCUGAAGGAGAACCCCGAGACCGGGGUGUACAUCAAGGACCUGUCGUCCUUCGUGACCAAGAACGUCAAGGAGAUCGAGCACGUGAUGAACCUGGGCAGCCAGACGCGCUCGGUGGGCAGCACCAACAUGAACGAGCACAGCUCGCGCUCCCACGCCAUCUUCCUGAUCACCAUCGAGUGCAGCGAGACGGGGCCGGACGGCGAGGAGCACAUCCGCGUGGGCAAGCUCAACCUCGUGGACCUGGCGGGCAGCGAGCGCCAGAACAAAAUGGGGGCUCAGGGAGAGCGCCCCAAGGAAGCCUCCAAGAUCAACCUGUCCCUCUCGGCCCUGGGCAACGUCAUCUCGGCGCUGGUGGACGGCCGGAGCACGCACAUCCCCUACCGGGACUCCAAGCUCACCCGCCUGCUGCAGGACUCCCUCGGGGGCAACGCCAAGACAAUCAUGGUGGCCACCUUGGGCCCGGCCUCGCACAGCUACGACGAGAGCCUCUCCACCCUCAGGUUCGCCAACAGGGCCAAGAACAUCAAGAACAAGCCCCGGGUGAACGAGGACCCCAAGGACACGUUGCUGCGGGAGUUUCAGGAGGAGAUCGUGCGGCUGAAAGCGCAGCUGGAGAAACGCGGGAUGCUGGGCAAGAAGAGGAGAAGGAGCAGCCGGAGGAAGAAAGCGAUGGAGGGAGAGGGCACCGUGGACAAUGAAGGAGAGGAGGAGAAUGAGGAUGGCCUGGAGAAGAACAUGGAGAAUUACUUGAAGGAGCAGAAGGAGAGGCUGGAAGAGGAGAAAGCUGCUAUCCAGGAUGACCACAGCCUGGUGAGCGAGGAGAAGCAGAAGCUGCUCCGGGAGAAGGAGAAGAUGAUCGAGGACCUGCGGAAGGAGCAGGAGGCCACGGAGCUGCUGGCCAUCAAGUACAAGGCCAUGGAGAGCAAGCUGCUCAUCGGGGGCAGGACCAUCGUGGACCACACCAACGAGCAGCAGAAGAUGCUGGAGCUGAGGCGGCAGGAGAUCGCCGAGCAGAAACGCCGCGAGCGGGAGAUGCAGCAGGAGAUGCUACUGAGGGACGAGGAGACCAUGGAGCUGCGGGACACCUACACGUCCCUGCAGCAGGAGGUGGAGAUCAAAACCAAGAAGCUGAAGAAGCUCUAUGCCAAGCUGCAGGCUGUCAAGGCUGAGAUCCAGGACCAGCACGACGAGUACAUCCGCGUGCGCCAGGACCUGGAGGAGGCCCAGAACGAGCAGACCCGGGAGCUGAAGCUCAAGUACUUGAUCAUUGAGAACUUCAUCCCUCCCGAGGAGAAGAACAAGAUCAUGAACCGCCUGUACUUCGACAGCGACGAGGACCAGUGGAAAUUCCAGCCACUGGUUCCCACUGGAGGGUACAGCCCUGUGUCCCUGUCCUUGUCCCCAGGGAGCAGCUCCCAGAUGAAGAGGCGCCCCACCUCUGCCGUGGGCUACAAGAGACCCAUCAGCCAGUACGCCCGGGUGGCCAUGGCCAGGAGAUCCCACCCCCGCUUCAGGGCUGAGAACAUCAUGUUCCUGGAGCUGGACCUGUCCCCCCCGGCCAUCUUCGAGUUCGAGCGCGGCAGGGAGGCGGCGGAGCAGGACCCGCGGGCGCUGCACCUGGAGAGGCUGAUGCACCUGGACAGCCUCCUGGAGAGGCCAGCGGCCUCCCGCGUGCGCAAGUCCCGCUCCUGGUGCCAGACGCCGAGGUCGCUGCCAUCCUCCACCACCCACGUGUCCCUGGCCUCCAGCUCCCCGUGUGCCGCCCCACUGCCGGCCCAGGAGUGACAGCCUGGACACCUGGUCCCGGACUGAGCCCCCAGGGCCCCGGCCCAUCCUCGGCUACUUUGUGUGUGUUUGUGCAGACACGAACGGCCCCGGGCCAGGGCGGCGUCCCCUCCCUCCUCCCGCCCCUCCUCCACCCCGAUCCGGAUCUGUCACUUUAUUUAUUUAACCUAUUUAUUGAUGGAGAGGGUGACACGGGAGGCAGGAUUUGAGCUCGGACCGAUGGACACCCAGGCUGGCAGUGGGCACCGUGCUGAGCACCCCAGGCUUGCCCAGCUCCCAGGGCUGCCUGCACAGGGCUGGGCACGGGACAGCACCAGGACACUGCUCCACCCGGGCAGGACAGGCUCGGGUCCCUCCCCAGGGCUGUGGCAGAAGCUGAGGCUGCCCUGGUGCUCUGCUGGAUCCCAGGGAAUGUGGAGAUUUCUGCGUGGAUUGGGACACUUUGUGGUGGCAGCACUUGUCAGAGUCGCCCAGCCUGCAUCAGCUGCGGUGGCAGCGGGGACACCUCACCGGUGUGGGCGUGGCUGCACUGCAGGAGCACCAGCUCCGUGCGCAGGGCUUGCACAGGCACCAGACCAAGCCACCUUUGUCCCCCUGUGCCGCGCUCUGGGGACACUGGAGACAGCCUGGCUCGUGCCAACCUGACAACAGCAGGAGGUGAAAUGUCCCCUCAGCAGCACUGCCCGUGGAACUCCGGGCUGGGAGAGGCUCCAUCCUGCAGCUGCAGAAAUGUGGGACGAGGAGGGACACCCGGGCAGCCAUGGCAUCGCUGUGCCCUGGGCAGUGGCACACCGAGGUCACCCCUGUCACCUCCUGGCUGGGACAGACUGCCUGCUGGGCUGUGGGUGGGAAAUGCUGAAAUGGGGAAGGGGGGAAGCCACGAGGACUGUGGGGGUUGGAUCCUGCCCAGCUGCUGUGGCACAGGGACAGUGCUCAGUGUUCCUGCAGGACACGGAUUUCACAUGGAGGGGAACUGGUGGAGACCCGCCCUGGCCGUGCCAGGCCAGCAGCUGUGCUGUCCCUGGGAUGGGGGAGGUGGGGACAUCCCUGAGUGUGAUGAGGUCCUGGAUGGGAGGAGAUGGGUCAGCAAGGGGCCGGCCAGGGGGGGCAGGUCAGAGAGGAUUGCAGGCAGGGAAAGUGCUCUGGCACAAAGAGAAUUCCUUCAGGGGGUGGCUGAGGUUGGGGGGACCCUGGAGCAGUUACUCAGGGCUGUGUCAGAGGGGUUUGGAUCUCCCCAGGGAGGGGCUCCAGGACUGUUGUGUGUUGUUGGACCAGUCCCUGCUCCCCUCCUGCCUCCUGCACUCAGCACAGGGUGGGGAGGCAGGGGUGAGGCACAGCCAUGGAUGGAGCAUCCAGAGGCAGCAGGAGCUGUGCCAGGCUUAGAGCCAGGCAGGUGCCACAGCAGCCGUGUCCCCUCCACCCGUGGCUGUGGAGCCAUCCCUGCCCUUCCCAGCUGUGCCCAGCACCUCCCUGCACUGCCUCAGGGCUUCCCAUCGAGCUCUCCAUCACUGCCCUCUGCCCCCUCCCUCUCCCCCUAACACCCUCUGUCCCUCCCAAAUCUCUGUCCCCUUCUCCCCAGCCCUGCCCUGGCCCAGGGACUCCUUGGCAAGCUGUGGUUGUUCUGGAGCUCAGUCCUCUGUGCUCAGCCUGGCCAGCAGGGAGCAGGGGAAGCUGUUUGAGGAGUGAUGGGUCCCAUCCAUGGUGUGGGUCAGGUGUGCCCAAGGUGUCCCCACAGCCAGGGGUGGGGUCAUGCCCAGAGCGAGCUGGCCCUGCAGAACCAUCCCUGGCCAGGCUGGAGUGUCCCUGCCAGGGCAGGGGUGGCACUGGAUGAGCUUUAAAGUCCCUUCCAGCCCAAACCAGUCUGGGAUUCCCUGAUUCUGUGAAACACCGUGGUUGGGAGAGCUGGUUCUUCAUUUAAUCAUUUCCAGGAAAGCAUCUGGGAGUCGGGGUCAGGAAGCACAGACUCAGAAUGAGGAGAAGCUUGGGGGGCUGCAGGAAUAGAAUUUCCUCCCUUGUUUUCUGGGCACUUGCAGUAGAUCAGCAGCUCCUGGAGCCCCACAGUGAUGAAGCAGCGACCUUCUCUUGCCCCCAUUGUCACCCGGGGUGUGGGAAACAGCUCAGGAGCUCAGGGUGUCCCCAACCCCGGGUCACCCGGGGCCAUGGGCAUCCCAGGAAGGGUGGCUGUGCCCAGGGCAGGGUGGCUGUGCCCAGGGAAGGGUGGCUGUGCCCCGGGCAGGGUGGCUGUGCCCUGGGCAGGGUGGCUGUGCCCAGGGCAGGGUGGCUGUGCCCUGGGCAGGGUGGCUGUGCCCUGGGAGGGUGGCUGUGCCCAGGAAGAGUGGCUGUGCCCAGGGAGAGGUGGCUGUGCCCAGGCCCUUUCCCACAGUAUCCAUGCCUUGUCCCUGUGCCAUGACAAGGGACAGCCCCUGGCACAGCUCCAGCAGGGCUCUGGUCACGGUGGGAAGCUCUGGAAUCGCUUCCAGCAGAGCACAGGGGAUGGGAUGGGAUGGGGCACUUCCAGCAUCCGGGGUGCGGAGCCUCCCGAGCCCUGCCCUGUCCCAGCCCAGACUGGGAGCACUGGGAGCCGUCCCAGCCCAGACUGGGAGCACUGGGAACCGUCCCAGCCCAGACUGGGAGCACUGGGAGCCGUCCCAGCCCAGACUGGGAGCACUGGGAGCUGUCCCAGCCCAGACUGGGAGCACUGGGGUGUCGCUGGUGCCGCUGUGUGCCGGUGCCAUUGUGUCCGUGUGUCCCGGCGGGGCCGUUCCCCGGCGACAGGGGCGGGGCUGGGCUGGGGUUCCUUUCCUUGUUGUUGAGCUGUUCUUUUGGGGUUCAGGUUUGGCCGUUUUUCCGCGGGGAGGGGGGUGCGGGUGUGUUCCGGGGUCAUGGACAAGGUGAGGGCCUCGAUUGGGACCAAAUUUUCGUGCCUGUUGCUCUGGUGAUUUAUUUAGAAAUCCAAAGUUUGCUGUCUGGUGGCCCAUCCUUGUCGCUCUAUACAUAGGACUAUACAGGACAUAUUAUAAAUAAAUAUAUUAUAGAUAGCGCGGCGCGGACGCUCCUCCCUGCGCUCCGUGCGGCUCCGAGCCCGCGCUGGGAGCGUCCUCCGGAUGGCAGCGACACAAUAAAGGAAUGAGCAUCCA